AUGAUUUCUAUGUCGAGAAUCGUCGUUCUGUGCGUCGCGGUGGUGGCACUCGCGGCUGCCCAACCUGCCAAAAACGAGUUCUGGAAGGGCACGAGCAUGGACGCCAUGGUCGAGCAGACCAAGCUCGAGUGCGCUCAGAGCAACGACGAGAUCUCCUGCAUGAAGUUCAAGGUCCUCAACCUGCUCGACCAUCUCUUCCGCAAGGACAGUUUCAAGGUGUCGGAGACUGUCGAGGUCACCCGCAACUCGUACCCAGUCGACGAGCUGUCUGGUCGCAGCCUCGGUGGUGAGGGCUCCCUCCUCGAGACGGUCCGUGGCUACCUGACCUCUCACGACGUGACCUUCAAGCUGCCGUUUGAAUCCUCGAUCAAGGUCUCGUCGCGCAACAUCGACGACGAUGAGCUCAGCUUCAGCUUCAAGUACGGCGAGGGCCGCAACGUAGAAGCCCGCAAGUCCAAGCUCAAGAAAGUCAUCAUCCCCAUCCUCGUGUUCGUCCUGUUGAAGGCCAUGACCCUCAUCCCCCUGGCGAUUGGUGUCCUUGGGCUGAAGGCCUGGAACGCCCUGCAGCUGUCGUUCUUCUCCUUCGUCGUCUCGGUUGGACUGGCCAUAUUCCAGCUCUGCAAGAAGAUCGCUGCCGACAGCCACGCCGCGCCAAUCGCCGCCCACGGGCCUUGGGAGUACCAAGCUGCCCAGUACAGGUCCUUCCAGGAGGCGCCCGAAUCCGCCACGGCUGCCGUUGCUGCGCAGAAUCUCGCGUACUCGGCUUACGCUGAGGCUUGA